CCCUCGGCCAAGAUGGCGGCGGGCGCGCGGCUCCCCGGCGGGGCGCGAGGCGCGAUGGCGGCUGCAGGUGGUUCCGCUGCUGGCGGAGUCGCGUCUGACCGGAGGCCGCCGCUACCGGCGCCGUGACGGGCCUCCUCCGCCUCAGAUAGAACUUUCUGGAAUGGAAGAUGGAAGACAGAGGAUCUCGGGUUGCUGACUAUUUUGUGGUGGCGGGAUUAACUGAUAUUUCCAAACCACUUGAGGAGGAAAUCCACUUCAACGAUGCUUGCCAUAAGCUUGCAAAGCCCAAAGAACCCAUCACAGACGUGGCGGUGAUAAUUAAAUCUCUUGGGGAAGAGAUCCCUCCUGGAUACAAAUGCAUCGAUGUCACUCCGUCAGGACUGUCUGCUGAUCUCAACAAUGGCAGCCUCAUGGGGCCCCAAAUAUAUAUGUGCUACAGGAGAGGAAGGGAUAAACCCCCACUUACAGAUCUGGGGGUGUUGUACGAUGGGAAAGAGAGGUUAAAACAGGGCUGUGAGAUCAUUCAGACCACCCCAUCUGGCCGCCCUGCGAAUAUCAGUAGCGGUGCCUCGUCCCAGAAAGUUUAUCUAACCUAUCGAAGAGCUUUGGAGAAUAUGACCCAGAACACAUUGGCGGUCACCGACAUCUGCAUCAUUAUCCCAAGUAAGGGGGAAACCCCGCCACACACCUUCUGUAAAGUUGACAAGAAUCUGAACAAUAGUAUGUGGGGCUUAGCAGCCUACUUGUGUUACAAGAAAUCUGUAGCAAAAACCAACACCAUAUCAUACAAAGCAGGUCUCAUAUGCAGAUAUCCAGAGAAAGACUACGAUUCAUUUCCUCUACCAGAGUCGGUUCCUCUCUUUUGCUUGCCAAUGGGGGCAACUAUUGAAUGCUGGCCUUCCAAUAGCAAAUAUCCCCUCCCAGUAUUUUCUACGUUUGUGCUCACUGGAGCCUCAGCUGAAAAGGUCUACGGUGCUGCUAUUCAGUUCUAUGAAACAUACUCUGAAGAAAAUCUGACCGAAAAACAGAAAUCUCAGCUGGGAUUCGUGGCCACACCCAGCUCCAAAACGGUUCAAACUAACAAGUGCAUCUGCCUUCUGUCCCACUGGCCCUUCUUCGAUGCCUUCAAGAAAUUUCUCACUUUUCUUUACCGCUAUUCAAUAUCUGGUCCCCACGUCCUUCCUAUUGAGAAGCAUAUUUCCCAUUUUAUGCACAAGGUUCCUUUUCCGUCUCCACAAAGACCAAGGAUUUUAGUUCAGCUAUCACCCCAUGAUAAUCUGAUUCUUAGUCAGCCCAUAUCAUCACCCCUACCGCUGAGUGGAGGGAAGUUUUCUGCCCUUCUGCAGAAUCUGGGACCUGAGAAUGCUGUAAAUCUCCUGGUUUUUGCAGUGACAGAACAUAAAAUCCUCAUCCACUCUUUACGCCCUUCGGUCCUCACCAGCGUGACCGAAGCCCUGGUCUCUAUGAUAUUUCCUUUCCACUGGCCUUGCCCGUACAUUCCUCUCUGUCCCCUGGCCUUGGCUGAUGUUCUGAGUGCACCGUGUCCAUUCAUCGUAGGAAUUGAUUCCAGAUAUUUUGAUCUUUAUGACCCUCCACCAGAUGUUAGCUGUGUUGACCUAGAUACAAAUACCAUUUCACAGCCAGGAGAUAAGCGAACCAUUGCAUGGAAGAUCUUGCCAAAGAAACCUUGUAAGAAACUGAUGAGCACUCUAAAUCACUUGUAUCAGCAGCUGGCAGCAUUGCAGCAAAGACCACGAGACGAUGCUUUAAUGGAGCUGGCUAUGAAUGACUACGAUUUUCAUUCAGGCUCGAAGCUGCAUCUGUUAGAUGUAGAAAUUCAAGAGGCGUUUCUCACUUUUAUGGCUUCAAUCCUAAAAGGUUACAGGUCCUAUCUGAGGCCUAUUACGCAAGCCCCUUCAGAGACGGCAACCGAUGCGAGCUCCCUCUUUGAAUUGCAAGGAUUCUUAAAAAGCCGUGAUCGUUCACAUCAAAAGUUUUAUACAAUGAUGACCAAGACGCAGAUGUUCAUUCGCUUCAUUGAAGAAUGCUCUUUUGUUAGUGAUAAAGAUACAAGCCUUGCCUUUUUUGAUGACUGUGUAAAUAAAGUGGAUAUAGACAAGACAGGUGACACGCGACUUAUAGAACUUGAUGAGUCCCACAAGAGUGAACACACCGUCUUCAUAACACCCCCAGAGAUUCCUCAUCUGCCCAAUGGAGAAGAGCUUCCAUAUCAAUACAGCUACAAUGGAUUUCCGGUACUAAAGCAAAAUUUAUUUGAACAGCCAGCGGGACUUCUGACAAUGCAAAACAGCAAAUUGUCUUCGAAAGCCAGCAGCCCAAACAGUCCUUUGCCAGUGUUCAGGAGAACAAAACAGGAAAUCAAGUCUGCGCACAAGAUGGCCAAGAGAUAUUCCUCCAUCCCCCAGAUGUGGUCCAGGUGUUUACUGCGCCAUUGCUACGGCCUGUGGUUCAUCUGCCUGCCUGCUUAUGUCCGCGUUUGCCAUUCCAAAGUCAGGGCCCUAAGGACGGCCUACGAUGUGUUGCGCAAGAUGCACAUGAAAAAGAUCGAGCCACCUGAUGAGGUAUGUUAUCGGGUGUUGAUGCAGCUGUGCGGGCAAUACAGUCAGCCCGUCUUAGCCGUAAAAAUCCUUUUUGAGAUGAAGAAGGCUGGCAUCGAUCCUAACGCUAUUACCUAUGGUUAUUAUAAUAAGGCUGUUUUGGAAAGCAGUUGGCCAUCGAGCAAUCGAAGUGGCUACUUUCUGUGGACCAAGAUAAGAAAUGUCAUUUUAGGAAUAACUCAGUUUAAAAGAGCUCUAAGGAAGCAGCCUGCAAAUGGAAUCCACAAAACUCUAUCUGGGGAACAUUCUGAUCUCUUAUAUAAGUUAUCUAAAGAAGCAGUUAAGCAAGGAAAAACAAACAUCCAGAACAGUAUCGACCAGAGAGAUGAGAAAAAAGAGAGUGACUCAAGUUCCUUGUCCGAAAUUGAGAGUGGAAAGGGAAGCGGUGAUUGCCUCCCAGCGUUAAAUUAUCAAAAUUCCAAUUGUGUCACGCUCGGUUCAAGGAUUGUUCGCGUUAAUGAUACAACUGGCAAAAUAUCAGAUGCCACAGGAGAUGGAUGCCACAUAGAUACCUCUGCGGGAUUGCUCUUUUCUUGUUUUGACAAUAUCAAUAAAACAGGAGUCACUAAAGCUGAAAAGCUGAGAAACAAGCAUUUAAAUGCAGCUGAAACCGAACACAAACAGAUGGUUUGGCGAAACAGGAAAUUGAGUGGAGAUGCUCUAAUGGAGCUUAUGAAGAAUCAGAUUAAUCAGGAGGCCAGACCCGAAGAAAUUGUGGAAAAGCUGGGCGUGGAUGCAAAAAUCCUUUCUAAGAUGUUUGAGAAAAGAAUGAGGCCAAAGACUCUCAACCUCCAACCAGCUUCUUUGGGAGCCGGUCGGAAGAUCAAUCUGGAAAAAGAAUCUAGUGAUGAAGACAUAGCCUACGAGAACGGCCUUGUGCUUAAGACAGAGUCUCCGGUUAUAUUUGAUUUGGAAGAUCUGGAUAAUGAACCUGUCCCGGUGAAACCUGCAAAGCUGAUGCAUAAAAAGCCCAAGAAGGUUCAGCAGGCUAUCAGUUUUCCGCUGAAGCCCAUUGAGAAGGUUAACAUUGAAACCGGCUUUGAUCCACUCUCCUUGUUGGCAGCUGAAACGGGGCAAGGGAAGGAAGACGAGGAGGAGGAGGAGGAGGAGAAGAGGGUCUCCACCCCGUCAGCCAGGCGCGAUUUAGCGGAAGAAAUCGAGAUGUACAUGAAUAAUAUGAGUAGUCCUUUAACAAGCCGGACCCCCAGCAUCGAUUUGCAAAAGGCCUACAGCGACAAGAAUCCCAACAGAAAGAGUCCAACCUUAGGCCAGCUGUGCCGAAGAUCUAGCCUCCCUCCAAACUCACCCAGGUCCAUAACGCUCCCCAAAUCCAAGAGCUACCAGGUCAAAAAUGAAAGAGGGAGGGACCGGCUUUGGUCCUCUCCCGUGUUCUCUCCGAACAAUUUGUCAAGGGGGCAAUCUCAAGACAUGGCUGAUGCAGUAGCACUCGCCUCUCCAACCUCCUUCAACCUGGACACGCUCCUGACCCCAACCUUCGAUGUUCUGAAGAGCAGCAUGUUUUCUGCAGGAAAAGGGGUGGCGGAGAAGGCCAGCAAGUGGUAUUCAAAGUUCGCCACCUACGCGGCAGCAUCGAAGGAUCAAAACUCAGACCGAGCAAGCGUGUCGUCCCUCGGGGCCCUGGACUCGGAAUCUGCCUCUCUAACUGACGAAGACGUGUGCAACGAUCUGGAAAGCAACUCUUCUCCUUGGGACGAUGCAUCCUUGGCUUUCAAGCGCAUCGGCCUGAGCUCCACCAGUCUGGAAAGUGCUGCUUCUCACAACGGCUCCUCAAAGCGUUCCUCGCACUGUGGCUCUUUUUCAAAAGCAGAGGUGGUUUCCUCUUGCAGUCCAAGCAGCACCAGUGUUUUCCAGAAUUACGCCCUGGAGGUCCUGAUCUCCAGCUGUUCCCGAUGUCGGACCUGCGACUGCCUGGUCCACGACGAAGAGAUCAUGGCAGGCUGGACCGCGGAUGACUCCAACCUGAACACCACCUGCCCCUUCUGUGGAAACCUCUUCUUGCCUUUCCUGAAUAUUGAAAUCCGAGAUCUCCGGGGACCCGGAAGGUACUUCUUGAAGCCCAGUCCUUCUUCGGAAAACAUCCAGCUUCCGUUCCCUUUUAUGAACCAGGCCGACAAAACGUGCGUUGCUGAUCCUCUUUCAGGACUUACUGCGACUUUAAUUCCAGCUCAAAAUGACUUGGUUUCAGAAGGCAGCUGCAAGACAAAACAUUUGGACACCCUCUGUGCCAAGAGCAUUCAGAUCCCUUCUCAGCGAAGGCAUCCUUCAUCCAAAGACGAACCGCUUGGGCACCCCCUGUCAAGAAGCGUCAGUGCCUACAGUUCUUUAGAGAUAGAUGAAGUGGGAGUCCAUACACACAACCACGUGGUGCCCACAGGGAGCUUGCCUACAACUUUCCAGCAGAGAAUGGAGUCUUUGCAGCUGGAGUGGCAUCUGCCUAGCCCGGAGCCCAUCACUGUUCCUUAUCUAAGUCCUCUCGUUGUCUGGAAAGAACUUGAGAGCUUGUUGGAAAAUGAAGGAGAUCACGUGAUCACCGUGGCAGAGUUUGUGGACCAUCAUCCCAUUGUCUUCUGGAACCUGGUGUGGUACUUCCGACGGUUGGACUUACCCAGUAGCUUGCCUGGAUUAAUUCUGUCCUCUGAACACUGCAAUAAAAAUUCCAAGAUACCCAGAAACUGCAUCUUGGAGAACAGCAAGCAUGUUCUGAUUCAGAUGUUGUGGGACAAUAUGAAACUGCACAAAGAUCCAGGACAGCCCCUCUAUAUUCUGUGGAAUGCCCAGAGUCAAAACCGUACCCUUGUGUUUGAGACUCAUAAAUACCCAGUGGUUCGUUUACUGCAAAAGGAUGACAGUUUCUUUAACCAGGAGCUCUUAAGAAACAUGGUCAAGAGUAUUAAGAUGAACGAUGUCUAUGGACCAAUGAGCCAGAUCCUAGAGAGGCUGAACAAAGGACCACAGAUCAAAAGGCAAAGGAGUCUUUAUAGAGAGAUACUAUUUCUCUCUCUCGUUGCUCUUGGAAGAGAUAAUAUCGAUAUAGAUGCUUUCGACAGAGAAUACAAGAUGGCUUACGAUCGUCUCACCACAAAUCAGGUCAAGAACACCCACAACUGUGAUCGGCCGCCUAGUACCGGAGUGAUGGAGUGUCGAAAGACGUUUGGGGAACCGUAUCUCUAGACAGAACCGGGGCGCGUCACGAGGUGCUUCUUAGGCGAACAACAACAGCAGCCGCCGCAGCCUUCAGAAAGAUUCCUCUUCCACUGAGAAACACCACUCCCCCGGCCUUUGUCUAAAGGAGAAUUCCUGUAGGGAACACAGUCCUGGGAUUCCGAGAGACCCCCGGGCUCCAGCUGGCGUAGAAUCCAGGGCGUUUUGCGGCAGAAAAGGGCGGAUCAGGGUGGACCAGAAACAUGCAGGGAAGGGAGCACGUAUCAAGGGAGCUUUUCAAAUAAACUAUUUGCAGGGAAGGUGUGAAAAGUUACAGAAGGCAGGCCAGAGUUAUAUUACAACAGAGUUUAAAUUAUUUAUAGCGAGUUCAUAUUUUUUUAACUUUUUAAAUUCCUAGAGCGAACUGAAGGGACUUGGUUGUUUAAGCAAUACUUUACGGAAUAUUGCUGUGUAUAGGAACAGGUCUUUUUUUUUUUCCCACCCCCUUUUCUUUUCUAAAGAAACAUUUCUUUCAUUUUGCUUUUUUUUAUGUAAUGCAGAACUUUCAGUACUAUAUUUCCUAUUCUGCAAAAUCUACAUUUACCUAGCUAAUUUGAGCUGACAACUAUUGCUGACUGAGUGAUAGGAAGCUUUCUUAAGUUAAUCGGGUUGCUCACUGUUUGAACAUUGAAGCUGAGGUCGCUUUCCUUCUCUCCCACGGAAUGGAGCUUCCCCGAUAUUUUUAUAUGAAAGACCUGACUGAAUAUUGGGAGCCACCGCAGAUCAUUGCAGAGAACCGUCUCAAGAGGGCUGGAGCAGAACGCCCACCUUUCUGUACAGGAAGUCUUUGACUUACAACCACAGUUGGGACCAGAAUUGCCAUCCCUGAGCAAAGCAAUUGUUAAGCAGGUCGCAUCCGAUUUUACAACCUUUUUACCGUGGUUGUUAAGCAAAUCAGGGCCAGGGUUAAGUCAAUUGUUAAAUUAAUCCAGCUUUCCCCACUGACUUUGCUUGUUGGCAGCCAGCUGGGAAGAUCACAAAUGGUGAUCAAACGUCCUUGCAACCAUCGUAAAAACAAGCCGGUUGCUAAGCAUCCAAAUUUUGACCAUAUGACUGGGGGUGCUGUGAUGGUUGUAAGUGCAAGGAUCGGGCCGUAAUUUUUAGACUGUCCUCUCUAGGAAUUGUAUGAUUAAGCUGGAUGUUCUAAAUCAGUGAAUAGACAAUUUCUAAAGUCACUUAACUGCUAAUGAUUUAGCAAUGUUUGAGAUACGUGUCUUGUUAAUUUCCGUGUACAGUUCCUAAGUUAUUGUAUCUCCAGAGAAAACAAAUGUAAGUGCCUACAGUAAUACAUUUGUGCGCUGCAGGUCAUCCUUGUUUAGUGACCACAAUUGGGAUUGGCCAUUUGGUCGUUAAGUGAAGCAGAAAAAGAAAAAUCACCAUGUGCUUAUGAUCUGACUUCAGCUGUCCUUUGCUUUACCUAUCUGUGAAGGUCAUAAAUACGAAAAUUGCUCAUACAGCCAGUGUUGUAACUGUGAACGGUUGCUAAAUAAGGCAGUCUCUAAACAAGGACUUCCUUAGAAGGUGCCAGCUUCCGAACUGUAUGAAAACCACUAUUUCAGAGUACUUUAUAGCCAUGAUGGAAGGAAGGAUUGGCUUCUUCCUGAGCUGUAACUAAGGAAUUAAGAGAACCACUAGCCAGAAUGAAAGCUUGGGCUGGGAAGCAUCAUUCAUUUAGUUUUAGCAGACGUGUUUCCUGAUCAGGAAUAUUCGCUUGAGGCUUUGCUUCACCCAAGAGAACAACUGUACGUUGACGGAAGAAAAUGUCCAGGUAGUUCUCGACUUACGACCACAAUUCAGCCUAGAAUUUAUGUGGUUGUUAAGUGAGAAAUUUGUUAAGUGAGUCUUGCCUCAUUUUACAACUUUUCUUGCCACCUUUGUUAAGUAAAUCACGGCAGUUGUUAAAUUAGUAACAUGGUUGUUAAGUGAAUCUGGCUUCCCCAUGGACUUUACUUGCCAGAAGGUCGCCAAAGGGGAUCCCAGGAUCCAAGGGCUCUGCAAUCGCCCUAAAUAUGAGCUAUUGGCCAAGCGUCUGAAUUUUGAUCAUGUGACCACGGGGAUGCUGCAGUGGUUGUAAGUGUGAAAAACGGCCAUAAGUCUCUUUUUUCAGUGCCGUUAUAACUUCGGUCACUAAAUGAACUGUUGUAAGUCGAGGAGUACCUGCAGUCUCAUUCUGAUGAAAGCACUUCCUAUCAGCUCCUCUCUAGGUGUGGUUGAAUCAAAGAUAGCGGCAAAAGUACCAUUAAAAGCGCUAUUAAAAAGAGAGCCUAUCAUUCAGUUUAAGUAGGAAUUACCCAGGCUUCACAGACAGCCAGGAUGGACAGUCUUCAUGGACAGCCAGAGCAUCUAACAGAGAGGGGUUAAAUCAUAUAAAACCAGAAACAUCACUACAAGCUAAAAUCACAAGACUAGGUCUGAUUUUCUUUGGCCGUGUCAGGCGUGCCAAUUCAUUGGAGAAGCCAACGGUGCCAGGAAUGGAUGGUGGAACAAGAAGACGGGGCAAGCAAAGAAGCUGCUGACUUGAUGCCAGCAAAUCAGAUGCCAAGUUGAAAACCCAACAACUGAAAGAAGCUGCUUGACAGAGAAGUGUGGGGAGCACCAAGAAUCGGACACGACUAAAUGGUUUAAAAAACAGAGUCUUCAACAUCUCACUAACCGAUUAAUGAUCUGCCACGUAUCCAUUGCAUCAAGUUCAGGAAGUGGAACCUUACCUUGACCUUCUCUGUUUGGUCAAGCAAUACAGGUAAUCCUAGACUUACAACCACAAUUGAGCCCCCAAUGUAUCUUGUUCAGUUCCUAGUUUAAUUUAUACUCAUCUUGGAGAACAAAGAAUAUUCUGGGGCCUUUGCUGCCCAAACAAUGAAAUUCUGCCUCAUGUUAUGCUCCUCUAAAAAGCAACCCAGGACUUUUUGUUACUACUAUUAUUUUUAAAACAGUGAAUGAAAAUGAAAUAUGGCUUUCCCUUCUCUGAGCAUCCUGUUUUAUCCUAAUGUUUUGGAACAGUUUUGUACUUCCACUCAUCAUGAAACCAGUCUCCCCUCUGUUUGCUUCAGGGUAUCAGACGGAACAAAAUGUUUGUAAAACUUAAUGUUUAAAUAGGCUUUAUCAAGAAUCUGAUAAAGUAUUUUAUCUUAGUUAACUUAACAUUUCAGUAGGAAAUAUUUUACUCCCAAAGAUAGAAAUGGAGACUUGUUACAUGUAAAUGUGUAUAUAAAAUAUUAAAAAAAAAAAUUGGUGGGUUUUCCAGAAAGUAGUUGUAUUUCUCAAAAAUAUGAUCUCACUGGAAUUUCAAAACGGAUGUUUUAUUAAUUUUCAAAAGAGCACUUUCACAAAGGAAUGGUUGUAGAUUUGUACAUAUGAACUGUUUACAUUUUGUUUACCAAAAAAAAGGACAUCAGUUGAAGUGUUUAUUUUUGGUUUCAAUUUAUAGGUCAAUUUCGAGGUGUAAUUUCAAUCUUCACAAUGGGAAAACAUAUUUUCCCCCCCUGAAAUACCAUUUAAAAAAAGAGACUAUUUAAAGUUUUACAAAGACUCAAUAAAGAAAAGUUUAAAAAAA